AAUUAUUUAAAUUAUAUCUAAUUUUGAGGGGUCAUUAUUUAUAUAAUUAUUAUUUACAUUAUUGUAUUUAUUUUGGGGGGCUUAUAAUUAUUAUUUUGAGGGGUCAUAAACAGAACGACGACACGGCCGACGUCAAAGCGUCGACGCGAAACGCUUUGCUGCCAUGGCAACGGCGGCAGCUUGUUCCUGUAAUCUGGGGAGCAGACCGGCGAGCAUGCGCAAUGACGAGGAAACAUAUUCUCGCGUUGUUUCGUCGGCGACGAGAGCGAGAUGGCCGUCCGCUUCAAGUGUCGGAGUGAAUACCAGAAGAGCUACAGGGUCUCCCGGUUCAGAAGCUUGUCCCCUCAGCGCUGCGCCCCAUUGGCCGGUCUUAACUCCGCCCACAUGGGUAUCAGCAGAGAACCGGGUCUCCAGCGGCGGAGGAGGCUCGGUCCUGGAGGUGUCGCUCAGUCCUGCAGCUCUCUGCUGUGUGGUCCAGGUCCACAGGACCCCCUCGCUGAGCCCACUGCACGCAGAACGGCACCCCCUGCUGCCUCGAGGACUCCCUCUGACCCUGGAUCCCCUGCAGACUCGGGACCUCCGACGGUACCACGUCCCGCUGCAGACCCUAGACCGUCAUCUGCUAAGCCCCGCCCCUCCAAGCUUGACAGCCAAACACAGCUGAGCCGACCUUUGACGGCGGCGCCUGAUGGACGGCAGCCCUCGGCCAAUGAGGUUCUGCGCUGGAGGGCGGGGCUAAAGGUGGGAGGUCAAAGGUCAGGAAGUCAAAGGUCAGAGUACAACCGACAGUUCAGCUGGAAGAAACCUGCAACUGCUGCUUCUCCAAUACUGACUGCAGAACAGAUGCUCCACUCCAGCAGCAGGUGUGUGCCGCCCUUUAAGAAACACCCCAUUCCCAUGGAAACAGAGUAUCAGCGCAACUUCCAGGGUCUGGCCCCACCCACUGAGCCCCGCCUACGGAAACACCUGGAGCAUCAUCAGAGGGCCCCACUGUUCCACAUACACACGGCCAACAAAAAGAGGAGGGAGGGGUCAGAGAAGAAGCCACGCCCCAAACAGGACUUCCCCGCCCCCAAGAACGACUCAACCACGCCCCCUCCUCCUCCUCAGGUUCAGAGAGGACACAGGAUCACAGAGGGAGACGGAGCCACGGACGGCGACGCCCACCAGGUGGAGGAGCUGAGGCAGAAGGCCUCGUCGUACCGCCGCCGAGCCUGGGGAGCUAAUUUCGACAGAGACCACCUGAGCCAGCUGCUGUCCGAACACAACGCUCUGUGGGAGCCGACGGACUCUACUACCACCGACCCCCCUACCCCCCGCCUGACCUUUGACCUCCUCUGCCCCGACUCGGACAGCCGCAGCGCGACCCCGGUGGAGGCCCUGGACCUGGCCAGCCGCUCCAGCGAGACGUCUUCUGUCACGAGCUGCGGAAACAAAAACACACAAAUAAAAAAUCCUCCAGGUCCUCCUGCGGAGAGACACACAGCCUGGAGAGAAGAAGAGGAAGAAGAGGAAGAAGAAGAAGAGGAAGAAGAAGAGAACACAGACGAGGAGGAGGGAAGGUUACCGACUCCGAGGCUGAAGAUACGACCGGUUCAGAGAACUCACCAUGACCUCACCACACCUGCCACUGGAGGGGCUAUUCUGGUGGGAAAACUGAAGAGCAGUGAUGACAAACAGUCAAAACUGAAGGAGGCGUGGUCAGAGAAUAGCCCCACCCACCGCCCCCCCUCCUCCUCAUGUGGCUCCUCCCCCAACCACAAAUCAGCCGCCAGGCCUGCCUUUAAACCAAUCAGGACGAAGCAAACGUCUCCUGUGGCCCCGCCCCAUAUGGCCCCGCCCCCAUACCACUGUAUCCAAGGCACGCUGAGAAAGGCCGACUUCCAGCACAACGGUGAUCUGGGUUUGAGGUUCAGGGAACUUCAGUGUCCAGGAGGAGGCUGCUGCUCUGAUGAAGACGACCGGCUGUCGGUGAUGUCGUGGCGCUCCGCGGCCUCGUGCUCCGCGGCGUCCGCCGUGCUGGAGCGCGCUCAGAAGAGACGGGAGCACUUCUGGGGGAAGAGAUGACCUUUGACCCCCAAUCUCUGUUGCUCAAUAAUCAGUGAGGAUUAUGUAUUUUGAUAGAUUAUUAAUUUAAAUAUCAUGUUUUUACACAGUUUCUCGUAGAUGUUUUUAUAAAAUAAGUAAGUAAUUAUCACUGUGAGACAUAAACAAUAAGUCAUGUUUGUUUUUAUGUCACUCGUAAAAUUAAAUACAAAAAUAAUUA